AAUUGACCCCUGAGGAACAAACAGCUUGCUAAUCACUGGUUGCCCAUCUAUGUGUCAUGUAGUCUAAUGAAAGAUGGCCAUCCUUGUAUUUUUGUUUUUGCUUUAUAGUCACCCCUGGAAGACUGUUACUACAGCUGCUAUGCAGAAAUACCCCAAUCCCAUGAAUCCCAGCGUAGUUGGAGUUGAUGUUUUGGACCGGCAUGUAGACACUAAUGGAAAAUUACAUAGCCACCGGCUGCUGAGUACAGAAUGGGGAAUGCCAUCCAUUGUAAAAUCACUUAUUGGUGCUUGUAGAAUGAGAACCUAUGUUCAAGAGCACUCUGUAGUUGACCCAGUUGAGAAAAUAAUGGAGCUCAAGUCUAUUAAUAUUUCAUUUACAAACCUGGUGUCAGUAGAUGAGAGACUAAUUUAUAAGCCACAUCCUCAAGAGCCAGAAAAAACUAUUUUGACUCAAGAAGCAACCAUCUGUGUAAAAGGAGUUAGUCUCAGCAGUUACUUAGAAGGACUAAUGGAAAACACAAUUUCUUCUAAUGCCAAAAAAGGACGUGAAGCAUUGGAAUGGGUAAUCAGCAAACUUAAUGCCGAAAUAGAAGAAUUCACUUCUUCAGCAAGAGGAAAUGAGAUCUCCAAUGGCAGCAGCAGCCUUUGUGGAAGAAUAGUAUAGAAGCUACACCAAGUUGUUAGGCCUAACAAUUUGAAAGGAACACUUUCAAGCUUCCUCAAAGCUGGAAAUAUUUAUUCUUAUACCUAUUUAAAAAAUAGAUCUGUAGUUUAGAUUUUUAAAUUAAAAUUUUGGAGAGAACUGUACAUGAAGGUAGGACGCAUGGCUUUCUGUUGAAUUGUACAUUCCUUAAACUGGAAUGCAGGCAUUCAAGACAGUUCAUGUGUUUGCAGAAUAUAUUCUGGGCACAAGAUUUUGAGCAGUUUGUUACAGGGUUUGGCUUUGAAGAACAAACACUAUUACUUGAAAUAGGAUCUAAAGUGUUUUUUUAUAGGCUGUUUUCAUGAAAGUUACCAUUUGCUAACCUGAGAAGUUUGAUAUUUAACAUUCAUGUUUACAGAAGUUCCACCGUUUUGAAAACUUAUUCUGAAUGUGGCAGAAAUUGUGUGCUAUAUAAUUAGAUACGAACUAAAAGUGGCUUACAAUUUCAGUUUUUCAAAGUCUCUAGUUGAUAAGAUAGUUAAAUUGUUGAACAAUGCAACUUGUUCAACUUAAUUCAUUUUGGUCCCACAUUUUCUAAGAAUCAAAAAUUGUAUAAUAACUACAUUCUUAGGAAGAAAUCACUCCUCCCUUUUAAAAUGCAUAAUCAUGAUUUAUGUACUCCAGACAACUGAAGUCUCUUAAAUUAUACUUUGUUUCUCUUUACAUAUACACACGUAAACAGAUUUUGUUUUGUUCCUUACUAUAUAUCCAUACUGCCCUACCUUCUAUCUACAGAAGUCUAGGUACUUCAGAACAAAUAUAUCUAAAUUCCAUAAGUAAAAGAAUAGUUCCCUUACAAUUUCAAAGUAGUCCUUUCUUCACAGAGGAGUAUUUAUGUAGUCAAAAACUGGAAAACCCAAAAGGCUUUUAUGUCUGUGAUACAGGUACAAUGUAAAAUUUAAGUAUCCUUGAUGAGCAGGACAAUAGUAGAACUCUGGUAUCUGUCAUAAAUGGCAAGAACUAAUGAGUUCUAGACAUAUCUUAAUUUCUGAAUUCUGAUUCCUUUAAUAGUCUCAUCUGCGGUAUUUAAUAUUUUGUUCUUAAGAAUGUCUGUAAAUACUGUAAUAUGGACCUGAAGCUAGUUUUAAAAGUUAAUAUUUCAGUAGAAGGUACUUAUUCUUGUGAGGUGAGGUGUGAUUGCAAACAUUUACCAAUGCAUUUAAAUGUUAAAAUAUUUUUCUACUGGGUUAUGUUUUGUCUUUUUCAUUUUUAAAAACUUCAAAAACAUUUUAUAGAGACAAUGUUAUUAAAAAAGGUUAAUGUUUGAUACUCUAA